AUGUCUGGCGUUUGUCCACCGGUUGUUUUGUUGAUACUUGGCUGUGCACUACUAAGAAAUGUUAGACAAGUCGUUCAUCGACGCAUCCAGCCGACAGGUAUUGUCUCACAAGCACUCGCUGUUAGUCCAUAUUAUAUUCAACAAAUCGAUGCACAAUUAACAAAUAUGCUUUUAUUACAAUCUUUUGUUGCGAUACCUUCGUUUUUUCCCUAUGGAGCUCAGAAUCUUUACUCGAAUAUUACUGAAGAUUGGUACAAAUCACCAUUAAGAUUAGCUUGGGAAACUGUUUUUAUUGAAUUGAUACGUCUUUUCUCUUAUUUAUUCUAUAGCACUAGUUUUUAUGUCUCAUUCUACUCAAGUCGUAACUUUCGUAAAGCAGUUUUACAAGUACUUCGAAUAGAACGAUUUCAAAUGUCUACUGAUUCAGCAAAUACACGUGCUCAAAUGAUUUCAGCCAAUGUUGGACGCAAAAAUGAACAUAAACCAGCAUAG